GUAUAUUUGCUGUAACCGAUUAAGGAUCCGUGCUUAAAGAACCCAUAGAUCAUCAGUUAAGCUUCCACAAUGGCUGGAUGUGGUUCUGUCGGUUCUGUCGCUGUUCUUUACGGAGUAGAGGCAUGAUUGUUACGGAGAACCUCGCCGAACGGAGCAGGGGCAUUGUUUACACGCGUGAACAGCUGAUUGCGCUGUGUAAGCCUCUGCUGCGGCCCAGAGACAGGCCGGUGGUCCCAAAGGAGCUAUGGAGGAGACGACGGGGCUGCAGGUCUGGAGCUAAACGGAGGGGGAAGAGGAGACGGCACAAACCGGCGAUACCGGCGAUUAUUGUGGGGAACGUGAGGUCUUUGGGGAAUAAGACAGACGAAAUCACGGCGCUGGUUAGGACCCAGAAGGAUUACAGGGAGUGCAGUAUCUUCUGCUUCACGGAAACCUGGCUACACUCGCUUAUUCCAGACUCCAGCGUGGAGGUUCCUGGAUUUUCCUUGGUGCGGGGGGAUAGGGACCUUUCCAAGAGUCGGAAGAAGAAGGGCGGCGGGGUUGCACUUUAUGUGAGUGAGAGGUGGUGUAAUCCCGGUCAUGUUAACGUGAAGGAACAGAUUUGUAGCCCGGACAUUGAACUUCUGGCUGUGGGAAUGCGGCCGUAUUAUUUACCGAGGGAGUUUACGUCCGCCAUUUUGAUCGCUGUUUACAUUCCCCCAUCAGCUGAUGCAGCGGUGGCCUGUGACAUCAUCAGCGCUACUGCAGCCAAACUACAGACUAAAAACCCGGACGCCUUCAUGGUCAUCACAGGUGACUUUAACCAUGCCUCAUUGGACAAAACUCUACACAACUUCCAGCAGUAUGUUGACUGUCCCACCAGGGAAAACAAAAUGCUGGAUCUCUUGUAUGCUAAUGCCAAAGAUGCAUACAGCGCCACAGCCCUGCCCCCCCUUGGCAGGUCGGACCACAUCUUGGUAAGGAUGACUCCCAAGUAUGUCCCCUUAGUGAGCAGGCAGCCUGUGCACAUCAGGACGGUGAGAAGGUGGACACAGGAGGCAGCUGAGGCACUGCAGGACUGCUUUGGGUCGACAGACUGGGAUGUGCUCUGUGGGCCUCAUGGGGAGGAUCAGAUUCUGUGAGGACACUGUCAUGCCAGCCCGGACCGUGCGCUGCUUCUCCAACAAUAAACCCUGGAUUACCAGCGACCUGAAGGCACUUUUAAACAAAAAGAAGAUGGCUUUCAGGUCUGGACAUAAGGAGGGAGCA